AUGUGUAUAAGAGACCUGCCUACCACAACCACCGCACCCACCACAACCACCGCACCCGCCAAAACCACCGCAUCCACCAUAACCACCGCACCCACCACAACCACCACAACCACCACGCCCACCACAACCACCGCGCCCACCACAACCACAGCGCCCACCACAACCACCACGCUCACCACAACCACCGCACCCACGCCCGCGGUGUUCGUCUCAACGGCCACGACCAAAAACGGGUCUCUGAGCAACCAGGCGAAUGUGUGCGCUGCCGUGGGCGGCAAACCCAUGGUCAUCAAAACGGCGGCCGACCGCUCACUGGCGGCCGACGUUACUGCAGGUACUAGGCGCUGUCACUAG